AUGUCUUCUGAAACUCUUCCCUCCCUUGUGGGAAGCUCUGUGAGCUCCAUGGACUCGACAAUAGCUUCAGCCAUGGCAUCAGUUACUGGUAUACCAACAAACCAAACAGAUGUUGCAGUGGCAGGAUCAACAUUUGGAGUCUUUGGAAAAAUGAUCAUGUUCUUCAUCAGAGUGAUUCCUGGAAUUCUGUACUGGGUUAUAACUUUCACGACAAUUACAAUGCCGACUUUCCUCUUUACGCUGUUCUCAACUAGCUUGACGUUUACCAUGAAUGCCACUACUUUAAUGUUGAUCAUAGUAGCAUUUAUGUCAACCAUGAGUUGGUUCGUAAGAUAUCGAUUUCUCAAUAUGUAUUCUCGAUUACCUCCGGAACCUCAGCGAAAGGAGCCCCAGAUAGACCUCUAUCCAGACACGCAAGAUGAAGGAUCAAAGUCAGGGUUUUCCAAUUACCUGGAUGAGUUUCUGAGCGCCAUCAAGAUCUUUGGUUAUUUGGAACGCCCAGUCUUCCACGAACUCACACGCUCCAUGCAAACGAGAAAGCUCAUAGCUGGUGAAACCUUGAACCUUGAGGAGGAGAAGGGAUUCUGUCUAGUGGUUGAUGGAUUAGUGGAAAUCUUUGUCAAGUCGGCUCGAGAGGGACGUGGAUCGGAUACCGAUCCUAUGUCGUACGAACGAGAAGAUUCAGAUAGUGGAUCUGGCCUUCACCGAGGUAGUGGGCAUCAGGGCUACCAGUUAUUAAAUGAGGUUAGAAAUGGUGCGCCUAUGUCGUCUCUCUUUUCUAUACUUUCACUUUUUACAGAAGAUGUCAAAUUGAGACAUUCUGAUGAUGACGACUUCGAUGGAAAUGGUACUCCUGAUCAUCAGGAAUAUAGCCACGAUGCUCCUCCAUCACUUCCCACAAGUCCAAUAUACGGGGCUCCUAGUCAGGAUGGCCAAAGAGAUGAUAGGAAUCGUCGUGCUUCUUCGACAACCGUUAAUGGAAGAAUACCCCCAUUGUCAUUAGACGCUGCAGCCGACAUUUACCCACGUCGACCUAGGCCUAAGAGAUUAAAUACAACUUCUGUGCACCCUGAUAUUGUGGCCAGAGCUACAGUUGAUACCACUAUUGCUAUAAUUCCUGCUAGCGCUUUUCGUCGAUUAACCAGAGUAUACCCUAAAGCUACAGCACAUAUCGUUCAGGUCAUUUUGACGAGAUUGCAAAGAGUCACUCUUGCGACUGGUCACUCUUAUCUUGGUUUAACUAGUGAGGUUCUGCGCACUGAAAAGCACAUGAAUAAGUACACAACCUAUGAACUACCAAAUUUCCUCCGAGGCGAUGCAUUGAAGCGGUUGAAGGAGAAGUUUAUAAGAGAAAAGGAGAGAAUUGGAGCUGAAGAAGGUAGCAAAGGUAUUGCUUUGCAUAACGCUGGGGCUGGAAGACGGCGAAGAUCUAGUCAUAGCCUUAGAAAAGAGGCUACAAUGCAUGCUUCGUCAGUCAGAGGGUCCAUGUCGAUGUCCAAACAGACGUUUGAAACACCUGGUGGAGAGUCUGCCGUCAGUCCAAGCCCCGGAGAUCUUCUUACAAAUAUUCAGAUGUCACGUCAUGCUGGUAGGAAACCUGCUUCAAGCGUAACUCAAGGUUCUAAUCCUCAAGUAUGGCAUCAUGAUGCUCAAAGUCCGCUUUCUCAACGAACAUCAAACCCGUUCAAUGGCCCAAUGAAUGCACGAGUUCCUCUUCACCGUCAAGAAUCCAUUGAUGAAGAUGGCAUGUUCAGAAAAUCCAUAUUGGAGUGUAUUUUCAAAGCUAUUGGUCUUACAAACACUAAAAAUGCCCUACGUAUGUCAGAUUCUGUCGAAGGCUCCCCUCGAUUGCUUUCGUAUGAUCAAAGACGUCAGAAGGCAAUUUUCGGCAGCAACUCUUUUACUAGCAAUGCCUUCGGCCUUAUUGACCCCUACGAAGGUUCUGUAGAUGACACCGAAUCAGUGACAUCUGGUGGAGUUAGUGCUGGUGGCUAUCCAAGUACGCAAGGCCUCGCCCAAGAGCUCAAGGAUGAAGUCGAGAUUGUUUACUUUCCAAAAGGCUCAGUCCUUGUGGAACAAGGAGAAAGAAAUCCCGGACUUUAUUACGUUAUCGAUGGGUUUCUAGACGUUAGUGUUCCUGUUGACGAGAAGUCAGACUCUAUGGUCUUGGGCAGCUCUUUCCGACACUCUUCGGCCGACAAGAAUGCAAAUGAUCCAAUGCCUUCUCUAUCUAGGACCAAGACUGGUUCAUCGCGUGUCUCAGGAAUUAAUGCUUCAGGGCACGAGGGUAAAAACCGAAAAUCCGCAGAUCGAAAAAGUCUAGCGCUUAUCAAGCCAGGCGGUAUUGCAGGCUACAUCGGUACCAUAUCUUCUUAUCGCUCGUUCAUUGAUGUUGUCGCAAAAACAGAUGUUUACGUAGGAUUUUUACCACGAACUUCAUUGGAAAGAAUCGUCGAGAAGUAUCCAGUUGUGCUUCUAACUAUGGCUAAACGGCUUACCAGCCUAUUGCCCAGAUUGAUCCUACAUAUUGACUUUGCACUUGAAUGGGUGCAAGUGAACGCUGGACAAGUUAUCUACCAUCAAGGAGAUGACAGCGAUGCAAUUUAUAUUGUUCUGAAUGGCCGACUUCGACUUGUAGUCAAUAAUGAUGAAGCUGGAAUGAAAGUCAUUGGCGAGUAUGGACAAGGCGAAAGUGUUGGAGAACUGGAGGUUAUGACAGAAUCCGUAAGACCCGCUACACUUCAUGCGAUUCGAGAUACCGAACUUGCCAAAUUUCCCAAGACACUGUUCAAUAGUCUUGCGCAAGAACAUCCAGGUAUCACGAUCAAGAUUUCCAAGAUUAUCGCAUCCCGUAUGCGAGCCUUGGUAGAAGAGCCAGUCUUCGUGCAAACUAAAGAGAAAGUCACCGGUGCCACAAAUGAUAAGGUAUCUUCGACGGUCAAUCUUCGCACUGUUGCUGUACUUCCCGUCACUGCUGGAGUUCCUGUGGUCGAAUUUGGCAGUCGUCUAAUGAAUGCUUUGACUCAAAUCGGGGCACCGAAUGGUGUAACUUCUCUCAACCAAGCUGCUAUUCUUAAUCAUCUUGGUAGACAUGCUUUCAGUCGUAUGGGGAAGCUUAAACUCUCAGAAUACCUUGCUGAUCUUGAGGAGAAGUAUGGGUUGGUUUUGUAUAUUGCCGAUACAAACGUGAACUCGCCUUGGACCCAAACUUGCAUCAGCCAAGCUGAUUGUAUUCUCCUAAUAGGUAUAGCAGAUGGUUCGCCUGCGAUUGGAGAGUACGAACGAUUCUUAUUAGGAAUGAAAACUACCGCAAGAAAAGAAUUGGUAUUAUUGCACACAGACCGCUUCUCCUCGCCUGGUGUGACUCGAGCUUGGCUUAGAAAUCGAGUCUGGAUCAAUGGUGGACAUCAUCAUGUUCAGAUGGACUUUAGAACUAGUCCUAUUCCUGUGCAUCCUCAAACAAGGAAAUUUGGAACCGCAUUGAAACAGCGAGUACAAGUGAUUCAAGCAGAAAUUCAGAAGUACACAUCUCGUCGCGUACGGCAGUCACCACUCUACUCCGCAGAAACUCCCUUCAAAGGCGACUUUCAUCGAAUUGCUAGACGCCUUUGUGGCAAAUCUAUAGGUCUUGUGCUUGGAGGAGGUGGUGCACGCGGUAUAGCCCAGGUUGGAAUAAUCAGAGCUAUGGAAGAAUCUGGAAUUCCCAUCGAUAUCAUUGGAGGAACCUCUAUUGGAUCCUUCAUCGGUGCAUUAUACGCUCGCGACGCAGACGUUGUUCCAAUGUAUGGACGCGCGAAGAAAUUCUCAGGUCGCAUGGCAAGUAUGUGGCGCUUUGCAUUGGACUUGACAUAUCCAUCUGCUUCUUACACCACUGGUCAUGAGUUUAAUCGUGGUAUCUUCAAGACUUUUGGCAAUACUCAGAUUGAAGAUUUCUGGCUCGAGUUUUACUGCAAUACAACUAAUAUCAGUAAGAGUCGAUCAGAAAUUCACACCAGUGGAUACGCAUGGAGAUACGUAAGAGCAUCCAUGUCUCUUGCUGGACUUCUCCCGCCACUAUGUGAUGAAGGCAGUAUGUUGUUAGAUGGUGGAUACGUGGACAACCUAACAGUUUCUCAUAUGAAAUCCUUGGGGGCUGACAUCAUCUUUGCUAUUGAUGUUGGCAGUCUUGAUGAUAACAUGCCACAGAAUUUUGGCGACUCCCUCUCUGGAUUCUGGGCAUUCGCGAAUCGUUGGAAUCCAUUCUCAUCAUACCCAAACCCUCCUACUCUGGCUGAGAUCCAAGCACGCCUAGCAUAUGUAUCCAGCGUCGACGCCCUAGAACGAGCAAAGACAACUCCAGGAUGUCUAUAUAUGAGACCUCCAAUUGACGAUUAUGGAACUCUAGAUUUUGGUAAAUUUGAUGAAAUUUAUCAGGUGGGAUACAAAUUUGGACAAGAGUAUCUGGCGAAAAUGAGAGAUCAGGGAAUUCUUCCGCUUGUUGAUGAGACCGAGGAGAAGAAGGCCUUGAGGAGAACUAUGGCACCGAGAAGAGCUAGUAUUUAG